AUGUCGUAUUUGGAAAGUAACAAGGGUACCAAUAGAGGGGUUGGUGGCUUGGCGGCCCUAUUUAAGCCCGUGACGACCACGCCGACCUGCCGCGCCUUCUACGACGGUCGCUGCUACAUCCCACGCAGUGCCGACCUACGAGAGGAACACCUGAAUUCGAGCAUCAGUGAGAAGCGCACGUCUGAGACGCAGCUUGCCGGAGCGACGAGCGAGCCGUGGUCGCCUAAGGGUUUCGGCGUCGAAAACUACGUGACUCUCGUGUGCCUGUCCUUCUCCAUGUCCUGCCUCGCCCUCAAGAUCUUCGUCUACUGCGCGUUCCGGGAAUCGCGUGGUUUCACGUCCAAGUGUACGCUUUGCCUCUCCCUAACGCUGCUCGUUACCCACGCCGUGUUCGUAGCCACGAACUUCGUGGAUCUUUCGGCUGCCGCCUGCGUCGCAAGCGCCGUGCUUGUUCACUACGGCAUUCUGUCAACCUUGUGUUGGACGUGCGCGCUGUCCUUCGACGUCUACAGGUGUCUCACUGUCCUCAAGGUCUCGUCCAACCGCGACAGUACUUUGGUCGCGUACGGCACCUUCUCUUGGGGCGCGCCGCUGGCCAUCGUCUCCGCAGCCAUGGCCGUCGACGGGGCAGCAUCGGGAAGCUUCCUUUCGCCCAGUUACGGCAGUCUCACUUGCUGGAUAGGCACGUUCUGGGGCCUGGUGCUCUACUUUCUGGCGCCUGCGUUCGUCUUAUUGCUGUCCUGCCUGAUCUUCUACUUCAUGACGGCGUCCUACAUUGGAACUGCAUCUCUCGCGCUCAGCGCAGCCGAGGACACAAGGACCACGCGCGAACGCACCCACGCGACGUUAUUUCUGCGACUCGCGCUUAUCAUGGGUUCCCCAUGGCCCGUCGCGUUUCUCGCUACCUUUGUACAGUCAAAAGCGUUGGACACCGUGGUCAAUGCGCUGGUGGGUUUACAGGGUGUGUACUUGUUUUUAAUCUUCCAGGACUACCGCCACUUUUGGCGUCAUUGA